ACUCCCCUCACGUCUCACAGAAGGAGCGCACACAUCACUGGGAGAAGAGCGACGUCUCGAGCGACCACGAUGCUGAUCGCGGCUCUCGCACUGGUGAGCCUUCACACAUUCGCGCCACGUUGCUCUGCGGCCAACGUUAAAAUCGGCGUCCCUGAAAACUAUGACGGGAUUUUCCCGUGGUAUCUCGCCAAGCUCCACAGCCUGCCUGUUAACUACAGUGACCUGGUGGUGUCAGGGGACGAUGAGGGAAUAUUCGGAGUGGACGCUCAGUUCCUGUAUGCGCUGAAACCACUGGACAGAGAGAAACAGCCAUCUUACUCCCUGCAGGUGUCCUUCAGAGCGUCGAUGCAGCGGCAGAGCUUCACCGUGGAAGUGUGUGUCAACGACAAGAACGACAACGUGCCCACGUUCAUCGAGGAGAGCAUGAGAGGCAGCGUGCAGCUCGGGCUUCUCAAAGGAAUCCCCUUCAUGCAGGUGGAGGCGGUGGAUCGUGAUGACCGCAACACUGCCCACGCCGACCUGCGCUUCAGCCUCAUGGAGCAGACGCCCCGGAUUCCCUCCAGUCAGAUGUUCUUCAUCGACUCCAUCACUGGAGAAGUUUCCCUCACAGAGGAAGGAGCCUCGACUCUGGACCCAGAGAUGUGUGGUCGAUAUAAGCUGUCGGUGAUGGUGAAGGACAUGGCGGGGAAGGCGAACGCUUUCUUCACCACCGGCAUCGUCACUGUGGAGGUGACUGGAAACACCUGGGCAUCGCCUGAUCCCGUGAGACUGCAGGAGAACCUCCCGGGUCCCUACCCCAUCCCCAUCUCCCAGGUCAAAUGGAGUGGAAGUCAAGCCGAGUACAGUCUGGAGGGGGAGUUUCCAGAGAUGCUCUUCACCAUCAGCAGAGAAGGAGUCAUUUAUCUCAACGCCCCUCUGGACAGAGAGACACAGGACCAGUUCCAGAUCAGCAUCGUGGUUGAGCGUCCAGAUGGCAGAGAGAUUGCCAAACCUGUGGAACUGAGGGUGAUGGUGGGCGACACCAACGACAACAGACCCACCUUUCCGCAGGCGCAGUAUCACACUGUGGUCAAGGAACUGGCCGCUCGAGGUACAGAAAUCCUGACCGUGCAGGCGGCGGAUAACGACGAUCCCAAGACGGACAACGUGCGGAUCUUUUACCGCUUAGUCGGACAGAUCCCGGAGAGCCCUCGCGCUCUUUUCAGAGUGGACCGAGACUCGGGGGUCAUCUCCGUUCAAGCAGACAGCAUGGAGGGCACAGCACCACAGUACACGCUUACCAUCACUGCAGAAGACGCUAAAGGUCUGAACAGUUCCUGCACGGUGGUCGUGACGGUUCAGGACGAGAACAACAACCCGCCAGUCUUCUCCCACCACGAGUACGGACCCUUUCACAUCCCGGAGGACGCUUCCGUGGGCACCACAGUCACAGCUGUGCUGGCAAGAGACGCAGAUGUUCGAGGGGGAGACAGCUGGCAGGUGGAAUACCAUUUGGAGUCUGGAAAUGAGGAGGAGGUCUUCACACUGGUGCCCGACAAGCAGACCAACGAGGUGUCGCUUGUGCUCUCAAAGGUUUUGGACUUUGAGCGCGAGAGCGAGUACAUCCUGGUGCUCAGCGCUCAGAACCCCGUUGCUCUGGUCCGCGGCCGAUACGGACCCGCGUCCACGGCGACCGUGUCCAUCUACGUGGACGACGUGAACGAGGGUCCAAUCCUGUCUCAGAGCCACUACGAGGUGACCGUCAGAGAGGGCGAGGAGCCGGGACGAGUCAUCGCCACCAUCCGAGGCUACGACCCCGACUCUCACCCGAUCAGAUAUUCUCUUCAAGGAGACACAAAGAAAUACUUUUCAAUAGGAAAAUACUCUGGAGAACUGAAGACCGUGCAGGCCUUGGACAGAGAGGAGAACAGCACGUACACCAUGGAGGUCAUUGCUGUGGACGGACGAAACUCGUCCUUAUCCGCGUCCACACUGGUUACCGUCCAAAUCCUGGACGUGAACGACAACAGUCCGGUGCUGGUUGGAGACUACUCGUGGAAGUACCUGUGCACGCCUCGCUGGGAGGACCAGGCCCUGGUGCUGGCGUCACGGGACAGCGAUGGACCCCAACAUGGAGGACGGCUCAACUUCUCUCUGCGCAGCGACGCCACGGUCAGGCGGAACUGGAAGCUAACGCCUAUAAAUGACACUCACACCAACCUGUCCUUAAACAUCCCGCAUUUGGCUCCCGAGGUUUACACUGUGCCCUUCACCAUCUCUGACAGCAGCUCCCCUCCCAGGAGCACCUUCAUCAACUUGCCAGUGACAGUGUGUCCCUGCAACGUCAGAGGGAACUGCAAAGUGGCUGCCAAGCAGCUGCAGGGCAUGCCAACCAUUCAGUCUGCAGUGGGCAUUCUGCUCGGCACCUUUGCGGUCAUAGGAACCAUCCUCGUCGUCGUGUUCAUGAGACUCUCGUACCAGAAUCCCAAGAGGCCGAGUCAAACCAGCCAGGAGAGAGUUCCUCUAAAAAUGUCAAUCUAAUCCAGAUUAUUUCUGUCCAUACUGCUUAUGCUGUACUGAGUGGCCACGAAUGUCUAAAACAAUAUAUAUAUAUAUAAAUGAAUGUGUAGUUUGGUUCCUAUAGAUAAAAGUUUGCAUGUACUGUACACUAACCUGAAAAGAAAAACAAAUCACAUGAUCACAUGAUUAUUCUGUACGUAUGUUAUGAUUUCAUUGUUGUUUUUUUAGCCCCUGUACAUAUAAAAUGUGUUCCUAUAGCUGCUUAUUGGGAUUUUAAUUUGAAUCAAUCUUUCUUUUCUCUAAUGAUAAUCUAAAGACGGUACCAGAUUAUUGUAAAAAGCACAAAAUUAGAAGAAAAACCUGCCUGUAAAUGCUGAAAUGUGACAGAAUUCAAAUGAAAUGUUAUGCCCACCCCAUAACUGCAUCAUUUAAUGACAUUUUAAUACAUAAUGAGCAAUGGAUUCACCCGUUUUUCUCCCUUUUUAAAUCCUGCAACCUCUGCCACGUAAUCCAGUGAGACGGCCCUGAGAUUGUGCUGCGUGUAAGUGCAUGUGUUAUGUGUGAUUAAGGCUUUAUAAACACUAAACCAGAACCAAACAGGCAGGCGAAGCUAUAUUCAGACCUAAGUGUUGCUAUGAAUAGCUCGAAACAAUUGAAGGUCCGCUGAAUGACGCUCUCGCCCCGAACCGUGUCGGACCAACUAAUCACCUCCAGUGCACAAAAGACAAAAGCUUUACAAAUUAAAUACAUGCGGGAUUAUUUUCCAUUAGCCCCGCUCUUAGAAAAGGUUUCAUUAUUUCCAGAUAACUUUGUGGAAGUGCGAGGAGGAAAAAGACGGCACGGCAAAUUGGAUUUCUUUCUCUCAAGUCUCAGACUCUCUGCGCUGUUAAUGGCACCAGAUCAAAUCAGAUUUGUGUGUCCAGAUAUAUAACCGGUUGCUAUGGCAACGACGUGGGAGGGUCCAUAUUUGUGAGGCGGUUUUUUUAAGGGCGGUGCAAAACACAUCUGUAGAGACAAUUACCCGAUGAAUCGAUCAUUCAAUCUUGAAUGAGUGAUUAAAGGUUUGAAGCUUUUUUUCAUGAUUAAAACCUGAUUUCUGAUUGUU